GCUUCCUGCUCCUCCGCCGUGUUACCAGCUCCUGCUACACUCCUCUCCUCUGCUGCCUCUCCUCCGCGCAUCUGCUUCUUCUUCAGCUGCGAGAUGGAGGCGCAAGACGACUACGGCAAGUGGCGCCAAAUCCCGGCGUUCGGCGACUGGAACCACCUGUGGGAUGACAUGCCCGUCGCGCAGUACUUCGACCCGGCGGCCACCUUCUUCUUCACGGCGCAGGCAGGGGAGGACGACGUCGACCUCUUCAAGGUGCCGCACUUCGCCGCAAACCCAUACAACUACAAGAAGUGCGUUGUUCGAGUGAAGAAGGGGGAGGAGAAAGCCAAGGAGGGUGCUGCUCCUGUGCCUGCGAGGAGGAAGAAGGUUAGCAAGAAGCAGCAGCAGCAGCAGCAAGGGAAGGAGCAGCAGAGGAGGAAGCCCAAGUCGGCGGCGGCGGCAGCGGUGGACGAGGACCUGUACAAGAUCUCGCCCAACGUGAUCUGCAAGGUGCAGAAGAAGAAGCUGCUGAGGAACUUGCUGGGAGGCUGCCUGGGCCUCAACUGCAUCGCCUGAGGAUACCGGGACUUGUUUCAUCCAGAGUUUGUUGUUAGGAAAUCAAGAUCGAUCUGAGUCGUGUGAUUCGUGUAUGUACAUCGUCUACUACUGCUACAAUAUAUGGAAGUAAUGGAAACCGAUUGCUGCUUUGGCUUCUUU